UUGCUUAAAAUGGAACCCCUUGCAAUAAAUAACCUAUAAAUACUAGUGUCGAAGCUGUAAUAACGCAUUUUGUGGAGUUAUUUUUAUUUUUCUUUGGGAAAGUAUUCAAAAUGGCGCACAGCUAUAUUUUGCUUGCUUUUCUUCAAGUGUUGUGUUUACAGCAUGUCUACUCCCAAGCUAUCUGCCCAAACCCCUGCAGCUGUCCAUCACAGGUCUCUGUGACUAAAACUAGCAUCCAGAACCCAGUAAUGGUCAACCCGCCGUGCCAGCAAGUGGUCACGUCGUGCCAGCAAGCCAUCGCGCCGUGCCAGCAAGUCGUCGCACCGUGCCAGCCUGUGUGCCAGUGUCAACCCUUGUGCCAGGCUUGCUAUCCAGCAGUUAAUGUUGCCACGCCUUGUGAUCUGGGUUAUGUAGCUUCGUAUGGUAUACCGUCUACAACUAUUAUUCAGGAUGACUCCGUAGCAAAUAACUUAGUCAACGCCCUCCAAAUGCUGAUUGUUAGCAACCUUCUGGGUAACACUCUCCCUAACAACGACCUGCUGCUGGGCGCACCCAUGCUUGGGCAACCGGCGUUGCUUGGGCAACCGGCGUUACUCGGGCAACCAGUUCUGCCAGGGUUACUCGGUUGCGGAUGCGGAUGUGGGUGCGGAUGCGGCUUAGGCUGCGGUUGUGGCUGUGAUUGCGGUGGUUGCUGUAUAUUUUAAGUAUUUUUGUUUUUCAGUUUGGUAAUAAAUCGUAUUUUCUUUA